AUGACUAGCCCAGCGUCUUUCACUGAUUUUGCCGAAACCAUCUCUGCCAAUGCGAGAAUCAUCGAUGAAUUUUUGAAUUCCAAUUCGACCAUUCCUCGUCCUUCGUUUGCUCCAGAUGGCCCAAUCGGCUUUCCUUGCCCGCCACAGAUCACUCCCAUACAUGCAGCUCGGGAAGCUCUCUUAGAUGCAUCGAAAAAGCUCUACCAGCUGGCACUUGGUCCGUUGGAGUCACUCUUUGAGCUCGCAGUGCGCUGUCAUGACAGUGCCUGUCUCCACGCCAUCUACAGGUUUGAUAUGGCCGCCAAGGUGCCUGUGGAUGGUGAGAAAUCUUUCGCGGAGAUUGCCGAGGCGAUCGGGGUGGAUGAGGACCGAACCCGGCGAGUCCUGAAGUUUGCCAUGACCAACGGCCUUUUCAAAGAAGCACGCCCAGGGUUUGUCUCGCACACCAGUGUGUCGGCGCUCAUGGCGCAGAACACGAUGGGUGUGAAUGCUGUGGUGGGGCAUGUGAUUGAUGAUACUUACCCGGCUUCGUGCAAGCUUGCGGACACCAUGGAGAAGUAUCCAGUUCCGAAGAAUCGACUCAUCGAAACGCCGUUUGCAAUGGCCUACCAGACGGGUGAACCGUUCUUCGACUAUAUGAAAAAGCACCCUCAUCGUAUCAAUCGCUUCCAGGAAGCCAUGAGGGCAAUCAACAACAGUGGACCGUACAGCGGAGAAACCCUUGCCCAAGGCUACGAUUGGAGUCCGUUCGAGUCCGGCACACUUGUUGAUGUUGGAGGCUCAAGUGGCCAUACAGCCCUCAAGAUUGCCGAUGCUUCUUCCAUUUCCAACAUCAUCGUCCAAGAUAUCAAUGUUAAGGAAGUGAAAAACGCUCAGAAGGGACUAGAAAAGAAAUAUGAGGGUCGAGUACGCUUCAUGGAGCAUGAUUUCUUCAAACCUCAGCCGGUCAAGGACGCCGACGCCUACUUCUUCCGCCUGAUAUUUCACGACUGGCCGGACCAGGAGUGCAUCGAGAUCCUUCGCAAUCUUGUGCCUGCGCUCAAAAGUGGCGCCAGCAUCCUCAUUUGUGACAGUGUCCUUCCGGAACCCAAUACCGUGCCCAAUCGUCUUGAAAAGGAGGCGCGUAUCUGCGAUCUACACAUGCUUUCCUUGAUCGGAUCCACGGAGCGUGAGAUUGGCGCUUGGCAAAGCCUUUUUGCUGCUGCCGACCCACGUUUCAAGUUUAUUGGAGCGAAGCAGCCAUCUGGGAGUGUUCUGUCCGUGGUCGAAGCAAAGUGGGAAGCGAAUGGAGCACUUGCGAACGGAGGAGAUACAAAUGGGGUCAAUGGCUCGUAA